AUGGAUCGGCAAGCCGGGUCGAUCGUCGUUGCGUUGGAGGCUUUGUGAAGUUCUCCCCCCUCUUUCCCCCCCCCUUUUUUUUUCCCUUCCCUUCCUCUUCUCUUUCCUGUUGCUCGGUUGUUGACUACGCUUCAGCCACUUCUCCUUUUAUUCCUAAGCCGUGUGUUGGAUUCCGUCGAAUACAUCGUUCGUUCGCGUUGGUCAAGAUCUACGGCAUGGAUCGGGAAGAAAGGUCGCUCGUUUUUUUGGUCAAUAUCCUCGCGUCAAGGCGAGGCUUGUUUCGUUGUAUUGGAUCGUUUUCGCUCGGCCCCGACGGCUCAACAGCCAGCACUCGAGACUCAGCCAAGGGAGGACAUCAGGCGCUGUCAGGGUGACGAGUAG